CCCUGCGGGCCGUGGGCGGUGUCGCCGCCGCUCGGGGCCGUGUGUGGUGUCCCCGGCGCUGUCCGCAGCCCCUGGCGUGCAUGGCCGGCCGAUGGCAGCGCGCUGAUGGCCCAGCUCGCCAUGGCCGCCCGGGACGAGCUCUACAGCAAAGUCAUCCCGCGCCGGGGCCGCCAGCACCGCGCCGGGACCAUCAAACAUGGCUCUUCGCUGGACAUCCUGCUCUCCAUGGGCUUCCCCAAAGCGCGGGCACAAAAAGCGCUGGCAUCGACAGGAGGAAGGAGUGUCCAAGCAGCAUGCGACUGGCUCUUCUCCCACGUGGGUGACCCGUUCCUGGAUGACUCGCUGCCCCGCGAGUACGUGCUGUACCUGCGCCCCACCGGGCCCCUGGCGCAGAAGCUCUCCGAGUUCUGGCAGCAGUCCAAGCAGAUCUGUGGCAAGAACAAAGCCCACAACAUCUUCCCCCACAUCACCCUCUGCCAGUUCUUCAUGUGUGAGGACAGCAAGGUGGACGCCCUCACGGAAGCCCUGCAGGCCACGGUGAUGCGCUGGAAAUGCAAAUUCCCCGCGCCCCUGCCCCUGGAGCUCUACACGUCCUCCAACUUCAUCGGGCUCUUCGUCAAGGAGGACAGUGCUGAGGUGCUCAAGAAGUUUGCUGCAGACUUCGCUGCAGAGGCGGCUUCCAAAGCAGAUGUGCACGUGGAGCCCCACAAGAAGCAGCUCCACGUGACCCUGGCCUAUCACUUCCAGAGCAGCCACCUGCCCACGCUGGAGAAGCUGGCCCAGAGCAUCGACGUCAAGCUGGGCUGCGACUGGGUGGCCGCCAUCUUCUCCCGCGACAUUCGCUUCGUCAACCACGAGACUCUGCAAGUGAUCUACCCCUACACCCCCCAGAACGACGACGAGCUGGAGCUGGUCCCAGGGGAUUUCAUUUUCAUGUCCCCAGUGGAGCAGAGCAGCACGAGCGAGGGCUGGAUUUAUGGCAUUUCCCUGGCCACUGGCUGCUCGGGGCUGCUGCCCGAGAACUACAUCACCAAGGCGGAUGAAUGUGGCACCUGGGUGUUCCAUGGGUCCUACUCCAUCCUGAACACCUCAUCCUGCCCAUCCCUCCAAGCCUUUGCUGAUGGAGCUCUGGAGAGAAGGCAGCAGGAAGACCAAGGGCCAGGGGACGCUGGGCCUCUCACCAUCAUCUGCCAGAACGUGCAGCCCCUGAGGAUAAGCAGCCAGCCGGGCCCUCAGAAGCGCUGCCUGUUCGUGUGCAGGCAUGGAGAGAGGAUGGAUGUGGUGUUUGGCAAGUACUGGCUGUCCCAGUGCUUCGAUGCCAAAGGCAGGUACAUGCGCAGCAACCUGAACAUGCCUCACAACUUACCUCAGAGGAGUGGUGGUUUCAGGGAUUAUGAAAAGGAUGCUCCCAUCACCGUGCUGGGCUGCACCCAGGCCAGGCUCGUGGGUGAAGCCUUGCUAGAAACCAACACCAUUGUAGACUACAUCUACAGCUCGCCCUCGCUGCGCUGCGUGCAGACAGCCCACAACAUCCUGAAAGGCAUGCAGCAGGAGAACAGCCUGAAGAUCCGUGUGGAGCCCGGCCUGUUCGAGUGGACCAAGUGGGUGUCGGGGAGCUCGCUGCCCGCCUGGAUCCCGCCCGCAGACCUGGCUGCAGCCACGCUCAGCGUGGACACAACCUACAGACCUCAUAUUCCUGUCAGCAAGUUGGUGGUUUCUGAGUCUUACGACUCCUACAUCAGCAGAAGCUACCAAGUGACGAAGGAAAUCAUCAGUGAAUGUAAAGGCAAAGGAAAUAACAUCCUGAUCGUGGCUCACGCCUCCUCCCUGGAGGCCUGCACCUGCCAGCUCCAGGGGCUGUCCCCCCAGAACUCCAAGGAUUUUGUACAGAUGGUCCGAAAGAUUCCCUACCUGGGCUUCUGCUCCUGUGAAGAGCUGGGGGACACGGGCGUGUGGCAGCUCACGGACCCCCCCAUCCUCCCUCUCACCCAUGGACCCACCGGGGGCUUUAACUGGAGAGAAACGCUCCUGCAGGAGUAGGAGCAGCAGCAAGGACAGCCCUGCCCAGCUGGACAAUGCCUCUUCUUCCUCCUCUUCAUCACCUUCCUCCUUGUGUUUUAUCGCCAGCAGGAAAAAACCCUCCUCGCCUGUCCCGCGCAUCCCACACGGGGCCGCAGCCCUGCAAAAAAAUCUUUUUUAAUUUAAAUGGGCUGCGAAUCGGCUCCUUUACAACAAAACGGGCUGAGUUGAGGGGGGAAAAAAAUAAAUUAAAAUACAGCUCGAGUGCUCUUGCACAGCUCGGGGUUGGUUUCCUCACCUUGAAGGAGCUCUGGUGACACUUUCGCUGUGGGGACAACGAGGAUGUGGCAGGCAGGAUGCUGGGGUUGUUUUGUCACUGCUGUUUUUGCAGCCUUGUUCAGCACCUCGUGCUUGCUCCACUCCCAGCCCCCAGACCCUCAGCACCUCGCAGGAAAAUCAAAGAAUUCAAAAAAAAAUCCUCCCCCAAGGCUGGAAAUGAGUCCAGGGUUGUCUCUGCAGGCUGCACCAGGAUAUUCCUCUCCUCUGAGUGCUGAAAAUGGGCUGGAUUUGUGCAGAAAUUGGUUGAUAUUAAGGAACAGAAGAGAUUGGUUGAUAUUCAGGAAAAUAAGAGAUUGAUUGAUAUUCACGAAAAUAAGAGAGUGGUUGAUAUUAAAGAAAAUAAGAGAUGGGCUGAUAUUCAGGAAAAUUCUGUAUGUGAAAAAUUCUGAAUUUCAAAUUUCACAUUGGUUACAGGUGAGGUUUGAGCAUCAAAAGUCAGCACAACCCCCAAACCCUCAGCACCUCCCAGAAAAAUCACAAAAUCAAAAUAAUCCUUCCUCAAGGCUGGAAAUGAGUCCAGGGUUGCCUCUGCAGGCUGUUCCUCUGAGCAAAGAUGGGAGUGCUCAAAAUGUGCUGGAUAUUGUGCAGAGAUUUGGUUGAUAUGAAGGAAAAUAAGAGAUUUGUUGAUAUCCAGGAAAAUUCUGGCUCAGAGGGAAGUUCCGAAUUUCCACAUCUGUUACAGGUGGAGUUUGGGCAUCAAAAGUCAGCACAACAAAAGCUGGGAGGGAUUUCUUUGAAGUGGAAAUAAAAGAAGCCUUUUCCAACCAAAUCUGAGGGAUUUAGGAGGUUCAGAUUUGAGUUUUCAGUCCUUUAUUUUGAUUAUUGAAAUCCACCUGUGUCCACAGGUUUGUGCUGUUAAAUUCCCUUCAGAAGACUUUAUAAAAGCCCUUUAUAAAAACCCUUUAUAAAAGGGGUUUUUUCCCUUUUAUAUUGGGAUUUUUGUACAGAAAGAAUUGGGAGGGAGCAAACCCCAAAAAGAGGAGAAAUUUGGGAUGGAGCAAAACCCAAAAGAGAAAAUUGGGAUGGAGAAAACCCCAAAAAGAGAGGAGAAACACUUGGAUGCAGAAAACCCCAAAAGAGGAGAAAAUCGGGAUGGGAUAAACCCCAAAGGAGGAGAAAAAAUUGGGAUGGAGCAAAUCCCAAAAAGAGAAAAUUGGGAGGGAAGAACAACUGGGCUGGAGAAACAAUUGGGAUGGAGCAAACCCCAAGAGAGGAGAAAAUUGGGAUGGAGCAAACCCCAAAAAGAGAAAAUUGGGAGGGAGCAAACCCCAAAAAGAGGAGAAACAACUGGGAUGGAACAAAACCCAAAACAGGAGGAAAUUGGGAUGGAGCAAACGCAAAAAGAACAGAAAAUUGGGAGGGAGCAAACCUCAAAAAGAGGAGAAAAUUGGGAUGGAAAUAACCCCAAAAAAAAGGAGAAACAAGUGGGAUGAAGCAAGCCCCAAAAGAGGAGAAAAUUGGGAGGGAGAAACAAUUGGGAUGGAACAAACCCCAAAAGAGGAAAAAAUUGGGAUGGAACAAACCCCAAAAGAGGAAAAAACUGGGAUGGAGCAAAAGCCAAAAGAGAAAAUUGGGAGGGAGCAAACUCCAAAAGAGGAGAAAAUUGGGGUGGAACAAACCCCAAAAAGAGGAGAAACAAUUGGGAUGUAGCAAACCCCAGAAAAAGAGAAACAAUUGGGAUGGAAAUAACCCCAAAAGAGGAGAAAAUUGGGAUGGAAAAAAAAAAACAAAAAAAGGAGAAAAAAUUGGGAUGAAUCAAAUAACCCAAAAGAGGAGAAAAUUGGGAUGGAAUAAACCCCAAAAGAGGAGAAAAAAUUGGGAUGGAGCAAACCCCAAAAGAGGAGAAAAUUGGGAUGGAAAAAAAACCCAGAGGAUGAGAAAAAAAUGAGAUGGAGCAAAUCCCAAAAGAGAAGAAAUUUGGGAUGGAGAAAACCCCAAAGGAGGAGAAAAAAUUGGGAUGGAGAAAACCCCAAAAGAGGAGAAAAUUGGGAGGGAGCAAACUCCACGAGACGAGAAACAACUGGGAUGGAACAAACCCCAAAAAAAGGAGAAAAUUGGAAUGGAAAAAAACCCAAAAAAAGGAGAAAAUUGGGCUGGAGCAAACCCAGAGGGGCUGAGCUCAGUUUUGAGCCCAUCCUGGCCAUGGUCCCAGCUAUUCCCACAAUCCACAGGAUAAAAAUCCCAUUAUUUCUACUUUUAGGACUGUGUGACACCCCUUAGGCCACUGAUAAGAGCUUUUUCACAGCAGGGAUGGAACUGAAAAGUCAGGGAGAAAAUUCAGGGCGGGGAAAAUAAAAACCCCAACCUGCUCCUGUGUGGUUUGAUCGCUGUCAGGUUCGUUUUUAAUUGUCAUUUCAAUUAUUUUUUUUGCUGUGUACAGACAUUCUGAAGAGCAUUUCUGGCUUGUUGUCCUCCAUGCAAAAAAAAAAUUAAAUUAAAUAUUUGACAAUCACACCAAAAAAAAGACAAAAAAUUUAGUUGUUGAGGCAUGUGAAUUCUCCAGAUUUUUUUUUUUUUUUUGUGUAAAAAUUUGGGGCAGGAAAUAUUGCUGCGUUUUAAUAUUUAUUUAUCUCAGAUCCUGCUGGAGUUGAGUGAUAUUAAAAGGAGACUUUUAGGAGCAUUAAACAGAGAGGGAGCAAAAGCUGGAUGUACAAUUUGAGUGGUGUCAGCUGCUCUUUGAUGCAGAAAUAAAUAAAAAAAUAUAGAAGUAAAUAAAAAAGGUGUUCUGGUUGAGGAGGUAGAUGUUAAAAUACUCUUCUUUAAAAUAUAUAUAUAUAUAUAUAUUUUUGGAUGUUGGGGAAAUAUUUUGACAAUUUUGGUCUUGUCUUGAAUUAUGUGUCAGGGAGAAAAAUCUUAUUUUCUUCAGCAUUUUGAGUUUUCUUGGGGGUUUUGUGUUGAGCGGUGUUGAAAGGGCUUUUUGGGUGGAAAAAAAGAGAAAAAAUAUUCCGUUUGAAUUUAUAAUUGAGAGUUGAGAAGACAAAAGGAUUGCUGCUGCAUUUUCACCCCAUUAAUGAGGAUUUAAUGCUGAUUAAUGUGGAUUUAAUGCUGAUUAAUGUGGAUUUAAUGUCACUCCCGUGGUUUGUCCCACAACAUUAAAUUUCAGCACUCCAAAAUCUUUCCCUUCACUGUGAGCUGCAUCAGAUCCCAGCUUUUAUUCUAACAUCAAUUCCCACCUUUUUCCUUCUCUCCACAAUUAAGGAAUAAAAAAAAAAAAAAGCUGCAAGCCUGCCAAGAAUAAAAUUAAUUUUUAUGAUUUGCAAUGUAUGGCUUAGGAAAACAAAAAAAAAAAUUAAAUUGAGAUUUAAGUCAACAGAGCUUUGCUUGUUUAUGCAAAAUGAGGAUGCAGACCGUGGUAAUUUCAGUAAAAAUUUGGUGUUUCCCUUUUCACAGUUUCAGACAGGGGCCGGGGGCCUCUUCUGCUGUGAAAUCCUGGUGAAUUCAAAGGGAUAAAGGUAAAUUUGGUAAAUUUUAUCCCCAAAUAACUCCUUGGCUUUGUGGGUUGGUUUAAUUUCUUUCAAAAGAGGCGCAGAGGAAGUCACGGGUAGGAGGGCUGGAGUCACUGAACAGAAGAAAUGCAAUUAACAGCGGCUGUUAAUUACCAGCCCGGCUGCAAAAUCACUUCUUGCUGCUCCCCACUUCCUCAAAUUCAUCCCCAGGGACCCCUCAUCACCCACAACAGAAAAUACUCAGCCAGUUCCUGCGUUAUUUCUCAUUAUUUCUGUAUUUUCUCAACUCUCAGCCAGUUCCUGCGUUAUUUCUCAUUAUUUCUGUAUUUUCUCAACUCUCAGCCAGGUCCUGCAUUAUUUCUCAUUAUUUCUGUAUUUUCUCAACUCUCAGCCAGUUCCUGCGUUAUUUCUCAUUAUUUCUGUAUUUCCUCAACUUUCAUCUCUUCAGACUCGUUGUUGCCAACAUCCCCUUUUCCUUUCGGUUUUAUUUUUGUUUCAUUUUCACCUCAUUGUAUCAUUCUGUUUAUCGUGGAUUUUGGGUUUUAUUUAGUUGUAUUUAUUUGAGAGGAAAAAAAAGAAAAAAAGAAGAAGUUUGCUGUUUAAAAACCCCAAUAAUUGUAUUGCCAAAAAUUGGUUACCUGUGACAUCUGUAUUUUUUUUAUUUUAGGGGCGGGUGGUUGUUUUUAAUCUCAUUUUUUUGAGCGCUGCCAACUGUUCGAACAACCACGGCGUUUGAAUUUGCUUCUCACAUUAAACGGAACUCUCAGAAUUCAGACAAAAACAUCUCGCAGGUGAUUUAAUAAAGUUUAUUAAAUAGGAA